UGUUGGAUAAGGACUGUUUUAUUAUCAUUUAUAUUUGUAAAUGCUGAUUUUUGUCGUAAAACAUGACUGCAAAACUUGUUUAAAAGUCCUAUAUUUAGUUUAUUUUUUAUUUUUUGACGCGUGCGCAUUGGUGACACUUUGGUGGCGGGGAGAAAUUUCUUGUUUAUUUUCGUGGCUGCUACCGCGCUGCUAUUAGCUUCGCCGACCGCUCGUACGUGUCGCCAUUUACACCAGGGCGACGGAUAAAACUGCCACGCGGUAACCGGGCUGCUAAGAACCGUCACAGAAAGAAAGCUUUCCAGACCUGCUUUGUAUCGACUGUAAGGCCUCACUGGUGAGAAAGAGAGAGAGCGAGAGAGCCUCCCCAAAGGCUGAAACCCAAGCAGCAGGAUGUCCAUCGCCAACACCCCCACGAGCAAUGACGCCUGCCUGAGCAUCGUGCACAGCCUGAUGUGCCACAGACAAGGCGGCGAGAGCGAGAGCUUCGCCAAGCGAGCCAUCGAGAGCCUGGUCAAGAAGCUGAAGGAGAAAAAGGACGAGCUGGACUCCCUCAUCACGGCCAUCACGACCAACGGAGCCCAUCCCAGCAAGUGCGUGACCAUACAGCGCACUUUGGACGGCCGCCUACAGGUCGCGGGACGUAAAGGUUUCCCCCACGUGGUCUACGCGCGACUGUGGCGGUGGCCCGAUCUGCACAAGAACGAGUUAAAACACGUCAAAUACUGCCAGUAUGCUUUUGACCUCAAAUGUGACAAUGUUUGCGUCAAUCCGUACCACUACGAGAGAGUGGUCUCGCCAGGAAUUGACCUAUCAGGACUAACACUUUCAAGCACAGGUCCACUCAUGGUAAAAGACGAGUAUGACUACGACAACCAGCAGUCUCACCCCAGCGCCGACAGCCACCUGCAGACCAUCCAGCAUCCUCCGUCCAGGCCCGGCCCGCCAGAGCCCUUCGGCAGCCCCGCGCUACUUCCGCCGCCGGAGGUCAGCGGCUCGGCUUCAGCGUCCGCCUUCUCCGCCAUCAGCGCGGGACCCUCAAGUGAGACAUCGAGUGCUCUUCGCCAUUCAACCGGUAGGAUUGUCUCAAGUGAGUUUCUAACUUUUACAUUUACAGAUUCCACCCCCAACUGGAGCAGAAGCAGCAGCUUCACACCUGCGGUGCCGCCACAUCAAAAUGGUCACCUGCAACACCAUACGCCCAUGCCUCACACGGGGCAUUACUGGUCUGUUAGCAGUGAAAUCGCAUUCCAGCCGCCGAUCUCCAACCACCCGGCUCCAGAAUACUGGUGCUCCAUCGCGUACUUUGAGAUGGACGUCCAGGUUGGCGAAACGUUCAAGGUGCCCUCCACGUGCCCGAUAGUGACGGUGGACGGUUACGUGGACCCCUCCGGAGGCGACCGCUUCUGCCUGGGCCAGCUCAGCAACGUCCACAGGACGGAAAACAUCGAGAGAGCCAGGCUCCACAUCGGCAAAGGCGUGCAGCUGGAGUGCAAAGGCGAAGGAGACGUGUGGGUGCGCUGCUUGAGCGACCACGCCGUGUUCGUGCAGAGCUACUACCUGGACCGAGAGGCGGGACGUGCCCCCGGGGAUGCAGUGCACAAGAUCUACCCCAGCGCUUACAUCAAGGUGUUUGACCUUCGUCAGUGCCACCGGCAGAUGCAGCAACAGGCGGCCACGGCCCAAGCGGCGGCGGCGGCCCAGGCGGCGGCGGUGGCCGGGAAUAUACCCGGUCCGGGUUCUGUGGGUGGCAUAGCUCCUGCAAUCAGUUUGUCGGCAGCGGCGGGCAUCGGUGUGGACGACCUGCGCCGGCUGUGCAUCCUGCGUAUGAGCUUCGUCAAGGGCUGGGGCCCCGACUACCCGCGACAAAGCAUCAAGGAGACGCCCUGCUGGAUCGAGAUCCACCUCCACCGCGCUCUGCAGCUGCUGGACGAGGUGCUGCACACCAUGCCCAUCGCGGAUCCGCAGCCUCUUGACUAAAGAUGACGUCGGAAGACUGUACUCGGAGGCUCAUGGAUCCUGAAGAGGACUGCGGGCGGCGCUGGGUCAGGCGGUAGGGGUAGAAGUGAGGACACACGUGGUCGCCAGUAAAGUGCAGUGGUGCCACUAGCAAUGCGGUACACUGGAGACACGCCGCCGUGCAUGCUGACAACCCAAGUCAGUAUUUUUAACCGAGCGCUCCAAAAUUAAUGGAACAAAGCAUCCACUCUGAUACAAGUACACAUGCAUCUCAAUAAAAUCAAAUAUGCUGGAAAAACUCAUUUAUUUCUGUAGUUGAGUUCAAAAAGUGAAUGGUACAGAUUUAUUAAAGACGUAGGAAACUACGGCCACGUUUGUACCUCAUUUCCAGCCAUCUUUCCCGUUCCAUAUCUAUAUAUAUUUCAAGUGAACUAGAGCCUAUGCCAGCUGACUUUGGCUGAGAGGCUGUCUGCACCCUGGACUGUUUGCCAGCCAGUCGGUGAUAGUUUAGGUAAAAUAUUUUUUUUUCUUGUUUUUGUUGAUUUUAUUUAUUUAUUUUUUUAAAUGUUCUGAGUGAGCUUCAGAUUAUUCGCCACUCAAGCGAAGUGGAAAAAAUUGGAGCAAUUCAAGUACUGUAAUGGCCUCGCAUUUGGGCAGGGAGAGCCAUCUAUUUUGCAUGGAUGUCUGCUUCUGACAAAACGUUUCUAUUUAUGCCUGAAUGUCAUACCAUCCAUCCAUCCCUCCAUCCAUCCAUCCAUCCAUUUUCUGAGCCGCUUCUCCUCACUAGGGUCGCGGGCCUGCUGGAGCCUAUCCCAGCUAUCAUCGGGCAGGAGGCGGCGUACACCCUGAACUGGUUGCCAGCCAAUCGCAAGGCACAUACAAACAAACAACCAUUCGCACUCACAUUCACACCUACGGGCAAUUUAGAGUUCUCAAUUAACCUACCAUGAAUGUUUUUGGGAUGUGGGAGGAAACCGGAGUGCCUGGAGAAAACCCACGCAGGCACAGGGAGAACAUGCACACUCCACACAGGCGGGGCCGGGGAUUGAACCCCGGUCCUCAGAACUGUGAGGCAGACGCUCUAACCAGUGCCAAUUUCCAAUUAGGAGUAUUUCUCAGAUCAAACUUCUCUCAGCAUGGUAAAUACAGUGUUCCGUAACCUGAAUUUGUACAUAAAUAGGAACAUAGUCUCAUCACUUACCUAUACUGCUAAUAUAGCAGUAAAGUCAUAAUUGCGGUAAAUAUUUGUAUAGACAAACAGUUGUAGGGUAUUAGACAAGUGUAAAACAAAGUAUGGUGGCAAUUGAGUGUGGACCCCUCUACUAAAUUUUUCUGCAUAAAAAUCCACACCAUCCCAAAGAGAGCUGCGAGAGGAAAUACAAGCCAUAUCCAUGCCAAACAGUCAUUUCAAGUGUUAUGCCGAGUGUCACUGAAAUAGAUAUUGCUUUAUGAUUUUUUUUUUCCUCAGCACUUAAAACUUUUGGUAUCCAGAACCGACAGCUGCUGCAGUUUUCUACUCUACUUUUUUGCUAUAUCAGUGAUCCAUACUGGGGGGGGAAAAAAAUAACGAUAUUGCCAGCUUGUACCUAGCAUCAUAAGUAUGAAUUUGAACGAUAUUAGUGUUAAUAUGUGUGAUUAUGAUUGAAUAAAAUUUCAUGUGCUAACAGCA